AUGGAUGUCCACCAAGCCGGCUGUCCUGCUGUCCAGUGCCGCUGGGGAUGCCGCCCAGCGUUCCAGUGCUGCCGGGGGCGGCGCCCGGCGUUGCCGUGCCACCGGGGGCGGUGCCCCACGUUCCAGGGUCGCCGGGGGGCGGCGCCCCGUGUUCCAGAGUCACCGGGGGCGGCGCCCCGCAUUCCAGUGCCGCCGGGGGCAGCGUCCAGCGCCGCCAGGGGUGGUGUCGUGACUUUCACUCCCACUGGGGGUAGUGCUCCGCCAGUCUGCUGCCCGGCGGAGGCCGCCUCGUUUUCCGUGGCGGUGAGUGUCAGCUUUCACGGCAGCCCAGGACCCCCAUUGGAGGGGGGUUUUUGGCGCUCCGGAAGCUGCGCCUUUGGAGGGGGGUUCUGUUACGCCAUGGCCGGCAGAUGGCACUGUGGCAUAGCCUGGGACGGGACACGUGACUCUUGUUUUGUAUUUCCCCCACAACUGAUCUGUUUAUUAAUGUUUUUAGGUUCCUGUGCUGCUCAUCAGUGGAGAAACCCUAAGGUAUCAUUGGCUAAACCACUAUUUGACUUCAUUAGUUUGAGGGAAGAAGAGGAAGGCAUGCAUGGAGACGUAUUUCAACAAUCAUCUACUUCAAGCAACUGGUACAGACGUACAACUGCAGAGUCAUUCCAAAACUUGGUGGUUUCAGGAAUUCUCCUGGCUCAGUGGUGUAAGAGUUCGAGUGUGUUUUCUCGGGAGAGCGAUGACAACUGGAUAAAGGUGGACUUCGGACUUGCUCAUGAAAGCAGUUUACGUAUACACAAUGAUGCGGUACUCAAUCCCAAGGACUUUUCUAUCCCUUCAAAUGAGACACUAGUGUACACAAACAGCCAUGGAAGACGGUCAACAGUUGUCUUGUGGGAGCUCUUCAAGGAAGGAACAACAAAAAAAAUACAUGAACACUAGCAGAUCAAUAGAAGGAUUACUCACAAGAUAUAUUCUAAAGACAUGGACUCAACGUGAUGGUGAAAGACUGAAGAGAGUGGCAUUUGGAGAAAAAAAUGAGAACAAACUUCAUAAAACCAUAAUAAUGUUGGGAGAAACCGGAGUAGGGAAGUCGACGCUCAUCAACGUCAUGGUCAACUACAUGCUGGGUGUCGACAGUAAAGACCGAAUUUGGUUUGAGAUCAUCAAGACAAAAGCGAACCAAACAGAUUCACAGACAUGUGCAGUAACGGUGUAUGACAUCUUCACUGAGCACAGCUCGUUCUCU